UCGAGGAACACAUACGGAAGUUGUCGCGGACGUGGAAGUGGAUAUGCGAACAACACACUCACGUUCAAGAUAAAAGCAUAAAAAUACAAGCACGUAAACUUUCAGCACUGCUUUUUAUUUUAGUCUCGUGCAGACGGAUAAAUGUCGGAUGCACCAGAGCCGCCCAGGGAGAAGGAAGAAGACUCCAAUCUCUGUGAUCGAGAGGAAGAGCCAUCAGAGGACAGCAGUGAGGAGGACGAGGCAUCUGGAGAAACAGAGAUGGACUUCCUACGUAGUCUCUUCUCUCGUACCCUGGGCUUGGGAUCAGGAGAGAAGGUUCUGGAUGAACUGACACUGGAUGGGGUGGCAAGGUAUAUUCUGAGUGGCAAAUGUAAAAACAUAAUCUGCAUGGUGGGGGCUGGAAUAUCUACAUCGGCAGGAAUUCCGGAUUUUCGCUCUCCUGGGACAGGGCUCUAUGCCAACCUACAAAAGUAUAGCCUGCCUUACCCAGAAGCCAUCUUUCAGAUCGACUAUUUCAAGAAACACCCAGAGCCAUUCUUUGCCCUGGCCAAGGAGCUGUACCCUGGACAGUUUAAGCCCACAAUUUGUCACUACUUCAUCCGGAUGCUGAAGGAUAAAGGGCUUCUUAGACGUUGCUACUCUCAGAACAUUGACACCCUGGAGCGAGUAGCAGGGCUAGAGGAAGAUGACCUAGUGGAAGCCCACGGAACCUUCUACACCUCACACUGUGUUAGCUUUCUUUGCCGCAAAGAAUACAACCUGGACUGGAUGAAAGCGAGGAUCUUCUCAGACGAGGUUCCAAAGUGUGAGAAGUGCAGCAGCCUUGUUAAGCCUGAUAUUGUGUUUUUUGGCGAGAAUCUGCCAGCAAAAUUUUUCACUUCAACAACAACGGACUUCCCUCGCUGUGACUUGCUUAUUAUUAUGGGAACUUCUCUGCAGGUGCAGCCCUUUGCAUCUCUGGUAAACAAGGUUUCAAAGAACACUCCCAGGCUGCUCAUUAACAUGGAGAAGACAGGACAGUCAGAUGCUCUGAUGGGUAUGCUGGGGUUUGGAGGUGGGAUGGACUUUGACUCAGAAAAAGCAUACAGGGAUGUGGCCUAUAUCAGCACAUGUGAUGAAGGCUGCAUGGCGCUCGCUGAAUUCCUGGGUUGGAAGGCUGAGCUGGAGGAUUUGGUGAAACGGGAACAUGCCCUGAUUGACAGCAAAGACAAACAGGAUAAAGCUAAACUGGCCAAUCAGACCGUCAAAGCUGAAGAAAAGACUGCAACAGAGACAGGGAAUAGUGACAAGCUAGAGUAGCUCAUCACAGAGGACUGCUGAAAUUAAAGCAAGUGGCUAACCAGCCUAGGGGCUGCUAGUUUCCUGGUCGGUUACUGUCUCUCUUACAAAAUGUGCACUUUCUAAUUGUUGGUGUCUCUGCCCUCUCUUACCAAUCAAGUCUAUUACCCCCUCACUUAUUUAUUUGGUUUAAGCUUUCACAGACUGAAAUGCAGUAGACAUAAUUUUAAAGAGCAAAUUCAGUGAGUAGAGAGGGAACAAUAAAACUCUGAAUGCUGCAGAAAUUUUGCUUUGCUUGGUUUUUUAAUUUUUAGAAAAUCACAUGGAGAGAAAAUGUCUGUAGGGCGGAGGUCUUAACCUGUAAAACUGUAAUUUACUGACAACGAAAAUUAUUCGCAAAGGAAGAAAUCUUGCCGAUGCUGUAAAUAAACAGAAACCUCUUCCCUACACUAAUAUCAGUUGUUCCUAAAUAUUAAUAUAUCUAUUCUGAUAUUUUCAGCAAAAUUAUUUUAAGUUUUGCUGAGUUAAGUUUAUAGGAUUUCCUAACCAUUGCUCACACAUUUUGUUUCAUUAAAUUUCUAAUGUUGAGGUGUUUGAUACGCUGUAAUACCUGGUAGAUUGAGUGAGAUUGAACUGGCUGCUGUGGGCUGUUCCUGAUCACGUUGCUGCCGUAUCUCAUCUGGCCACAUAGUGGUACAUUUGUUGCAUAAGUUU